AUGGAAGAUAGAGAUAAAAUAAUAAAAAAUAAUAAGUGUAAUAUUAUCAGAGUAUAUAACAUUAAAGGUGUCAAAGCGCAUCAAGUUAAUGGAAAGUGGUUUGAGGCAUUGGGCUAUAGAGAUCUAUUGAAGGAAGCAUCGGCUUGGGGGGUGUCACUCUCCUAUCCAUACCCAAAAGACCUUAGAAAUUACAUACUUAAUAUAAUUGGAUUAUGCAUUAGUGCAGAAAAACCGAUUAUGUGCGAUUGUUUGUUAUGUUUACAAGAAAUGCCGGAGCCUCAAGCAUGGCCAAAAAUGUUAAGUGUGGUGGUAUAUACAAUCAUCAAACAACAACUAAAACACGAGCAAGAGUUGAAAGAAUUAAUAAUUAGAAGGGGUUUAACGCCAAGGGAAUCUUACACAAAUAGGGAAAAUGUAUCGAUUGGUGAUAUUGCCUAUUACUUUCAGACCCAUAGAUUCAAUAUAGAUCUUAUAAAAAACCAAUUUAGAAAUAUUAUAUCAGAUGAAUUGGGAAAUAACAGAUCUGUAUUUAAAUUCCAAAGGAACCCAAAAAGUAAUUUUGGGGACUUAUGGACACUAACAAAUUUAGAGUGUCCAUGGGAUGUGCCAAGUGAAAACAAUAAAAAAGAUACUGACAAAGAGGAUUUAGGUGAACAAUUUAAUAUAGUCAAAACAAGGCUUAGGGAAAAUACUAACAAUAGUUCAGAAAAUGUAAAAAGAAAAAGACUUUCAAUUAAAGAUCUUGAUUCACUUAUUAAACCAAAUAGUGAAGAUGAAGAGGAAGAUGAGGAAGAAUCAGAAGAAGAAGGAGAUGAAGAAGAAGAAGAAGAAGAUAAAUUGCAAAUACUAAGUUCAGAGGAAUCAGACGAAGAAAAUGAAGAAGAGGACUUUGAAGAGCACAAAAAACCUCUUGCUCAAAUAAUUCCAAAUAAAAAGCUUAUAAAAAGCAUUAAAAAGCCUCAAGUUCGUCAAUUAGAAAGAAAUAUUUUAGAUAAUUUCAAUUUUUAUAAUUAUAUCAGCGAUUUUGAAUCAUUUGGGUACAGGAUUAGUGUAGAGUUUACAAGAUUUUUAGUUUUAAAAUACCUGUUCGAUAAUGGUGACGGUAAAAAUAUUUCAAGUAUUAAUAGUCAUCAAUCUAAAUUGCAAGCAUCCCCAUUGAUCAACAAAUUUUGGUGUCAAAUAAUUUUAACAACCAGCAAAUAUGACGAAUUAUGCAAUAUUUUAGGAUGUAAAGUUAGAUUCGACCCAGAUCUUCUUAACCAUCCAGUCGAAGUUCAAAAACAACGUAUCGCAAAAUCUAUUCAAAUCUAUCAAAAAUACUUUGGUGAUGUCGAUAAAGAAAUUUGGGUUUUUAAAUAA